AUGAGGAUAUCCGGCUUAUCUUCCUUUUUUCUCUCUCUACCCUUUUCCACUGCUCUCCCCACCCCCCUCCCCACCCCACCCUCUACCCCUCCCUCUGCCCCUCCGCCUUUCUCUCUCCCCGCCCCCUUCUCCUCCCCGCGCUCCUCCCCCUCCCCUCCCCUCCCCUCCCCUCCCUUCCCCUCCUCAGAGCGGUGCAAGGCAGCGAGCGACAUCAAGAGGCGGAAGAGCAGCACACAAGCUGACGCUGCCGAAACAGACACAGCAGCAGCUGGAGGAGAAACAUUGGGGGCGGGGGGAGCAGGGGAGUCGGCGGCGGCGGAGGCGGUGAGCGAGGCGCUGCUGGUAUCCAUGGCGAGCUGUCUGGCGGACUUAAUGAACAACCCGCGCAGCACCAUCGUGUGCAGCACGCGCGCGCAGGAGAUCUUCCAGUGCCUUCAGCCCGCGCUGCUGCUCCCGCGCGUCUCCAACCGCCUGCUCUACUUCCAGGUCUGCCGGGCGGUCUCCGAGGUGCUGCAUCCGUCCACGUGGCCCAUGAACCAAUCCGCUGCGGUUCCCAAGCGUCUUCUGGAGCGGCUGAUUGAUCUGAUCGCUCCGGUAAAAGCCGCGGGUGCUGGUGGUGCGAAGGAUGCUGAUGGGUUGGGUGAUAAGGAUGCUGGUGGGAAUAAAGCUGCUGGCACUGCUGGUGCUGGUGGUGAUGGUGCUGUUCAGAAUGUCGCUGAGAAUGGGGUAGGGGAGCGUGAGACAGAGGCCACGGAACCCGCCUUGGCAAACGGCACAGCUGCUGCAGACGCAGAGGCAGCCAAAGCAGCAGGCGCAGAGGCGGCUACAUCAGCAGCGGUAGAGCAGCAGGAGGGAGGCGGCAGCGAGGGCAGCAGCAAGGAGGGCGACUUGACAGAGUCGUUGAUCCACAUGCAGGCGUGCAAGGCGGUGCUAGUGAUGGCCACGAACGGAGCAGCGGAUCUGAUCGUGCACCACGUGCCCAGGGUGAUGAGCGCGCUGGAGCAGCUCCGGCAGGAGUCGGGCGUGGAAGAGGCCGUGGUGCAGGCUGACGCCGCGCUCAUGGCGCUCUGGCUGUCACCGAAGGGAUACGCGCUCUCCAACCCCGAGCUGCGCCCGGUGGUAGCAGCCCACCUGCUGAGGGUGCUCGGCUCACCUGACCUGGUGGAUAACCACCAAGACGUCAGCCUGGCGCUGGUGACGUCAACCAUCAACCCUGAUGCUGCCACGCGGGCCAGCAUGCUCCAGCUGUACGCCGGACUGCUGACGCAGCAGCUGGAGCUCACGCAUAUUCUGAUUGGCCACGUGGAUGACACUGACAGCCUGGCACACCAGAGCGUGGUGUAUUUCGUGCUGCAUUUGUGCGAGUCAGAGGACUGUGCCAAGGCCUUCACAGCCAACCAGGUGGACUGUGAGGCGCUAGUGGCAGCGCUGGUGGUGGCGGCACAGGCAGAGAACCACUACGCUCCCAUUGCAGUCCUGGUUCGCCUCGCCAGCAGGCCUAGCACCCGGGACCACGUGCUCACACACAUUGACACCAGAACACUCAAUCGCUUGCGCGCCAUUCCCGGCACCCGCGCUCGACGAGAGGUUGAUCAGCUGGCUGCGGCAUACGCGGAGUACAAGGGGGAGAAGGUGGAGCCUCCAGAGCGCACAGCAUCCAUGCCCACGGAGGAGGAGCAGUCCAAGGAGGACAUUCUGAGGGACAUUGUGCGCAGCCAGUCCCACAGGAACCUCAAGUCACGGACUCCAGGUGGAAACAGCUAUGAGGAUUUGGCAAGUGUGGCGACAGGUGUCGCCAAGAUCACUGUAGAAGAGUCGACAAAUGCUUGA